ACUGUUAAGAAUACAACAGACUGAAACAGUCACAGAAAUUUCCGUAUCACGUAACAUAAGCUAGAAGCAGUAAAAAAUUAUUACUUAACCAUACAAAACCAAUGUUAAUGCAAUAGUUCAAAUUUAGUGAGUGGUGUAAAAUCGAGCUAGAAACACUCCAAACUGAUCCAUAAACUAAGGACCCAAUUGAAUAAGUGAAAAAAUAAUGACGGUUGAAGAUGUACAAAUUUUUAUUGGAAACAUCAUUCACUGUAAAAGUCGUUUAAAUCUAGAAGUAAUAAAACCAGGCUUCGUUAUUGUUAUUGGUUCGAAGAUUGCAGCAGUAGGUGAAGAAACUGAAUUGCCCCAUAAACUAAUACAACUUCAAUUAAAAUCUUGCGUAGCUACACGAGUCCUCAAAAAAUCUCAAAUUCUUAUUCCUGGUUUAAUUGAUACUCAUUUACAUGCCCCGCAAUAUCCAAAUUGUGGCUUGGGAUAUGAUAAACCUCUUCUGGAAUGGUUAAAUACUUAUAUAUAUGAAUUGGAAAAACAAUACGUAGAUCUGGAUUUUUCUAGGCGAGUAUACAAGGCAGUAGUGCGCAAAACCCUUUCUAAUGGUACUACUACAGCAUGUUAUUACGGUUGUUUGUUUAACGAGAGUACCAAUAUUUUAGUAGAUACAGUAGUGGAAUAUGGUCAAAGAGCAUUAAUAGGCAAAAUUAAUAUGACUCGUUUAGCACCAGAAGAAUACUUAGAAACACCUGAAGAUUCAGUAGCUAAUACUAAAAAGUUUGUUAAAUACGUUUUCGAAAAAGAGUCUGACCUAGUUCUACCAAUUAUCACUCCAAGGUUUGCUUUAAGCGUUACUAUGGAAUUAAUGAAGGAACUUGGACAAAUAGCCAAACUGGGAGAUUUACACAUUCAAACGCAUAUUUCCGAAAAUGCUGAAGAAGUUAAAUUAGUAGAAUCCACUUAUGGAAUGCCGUAUGCUCAAGUUUAUGAUAAAGCAAAUUUAUUAACGAGAAAAACCAUUCUUGGCCAUGGAAUUUAUUUAUCCGACGAAGAAAUUAAGUUACUAGUAGAAAGAGGCACUGCUGUUUCUCACUGUCCAGAUUCUAACCUCUGCUUGAAAUCCGGCUUGUGUAACGUGAGGAAAUUAUUAGAGAAUGGAGUCAAAGUUGGAUUAGGAACAGAUAUCUCAGGUGGAGCUUCGCCUUCGAUAAUUAAAGCAAUGAAAACAUGUUUGGAUGUAUCAAUAGCGAAAUCAUUCCACGUUACUGAAGUGAAACCAUUAAAUUAUGAAGAGGUUUUCUACUUAGCAACACUAGGAGGAAGUGAAGCAUUAGCUAUGGAAAAUAAAAUUGGCAACUUUGAUGUACACAAAGAAUUUGAUGCUUUGAUAAUUGAUAUGGGAAUCAAUAUUGAAGAUUAUUUCAUAGGAUGUGAUCCCAGAGAAAUUUUGCAGAAAUUCAUUUAUACUGGAGAUGACAGAAACGUCGCAAGUGUAUACGUCGCAGGUGUGGAGGUGAAAUAAUAGAAAUAAAUAAUACCAGACAGCUUUCGAAGUUUCAAUAACUUCUAAUCAAAAUAAACUAGCAACUUGCGGUUCACAGGAGCUAUGAUUGUUGAUCUAUUAGAGUGAAUUAACAAUUACAUUUAGCUUUGGCUUUUACCAGUGAGAAAGUACAAUUCCAGUAUGGAUUAUGAAGCACAAUUCGAUCAUAUUCCAUAAUAAAUUAUUCUUUCAAUAUGUAAUAUAAAAAUGUUACAAUUUCUUCGAA